AUGCCAUUACACAAGUUCAUCCAGAACAAUUGCAUAGUGAUGCAACUGAGGCUUGGCUACAAAAGCUUUUCGCCGCCGAAUGAGUCCCUUGUUCAUAUAAAGAUAAUAAGAGAGCUACAGAAGCUUGGUAAUGUUCUUUAUGCAUCGUCAAACGCAACCGCCUGGCAACACACUUUGAAGAGAAGCCCGUCCAAGAUAGAUUUGGUGAUUUCGAGUAAUGCACUAGGAAUGCUAUCAGCUGUACUACUCAACUUACGAGGGUUUACCAUGUAUAAGGACAUGAGGAUCUUACAGCCGCAUACAGUGGAAGAGCCUCUUCUGUCGCUAAAUGCGUCAAAGGUUUUGGAAGGCCUUCAUAGGUCUGUGAAUGCUCAGUGGACGAGGGCUAACCAUAGACUUCAAUCAGGAUCCCGCGAGCUACCACCCUUUAUUCAAGUAGAUCCAUGGUUCUUUAGAAGCAUACCCGCCAAAGAGGUUAUGACUUCAACAAACAUACCUAUGAGCACCGAGUACAAUGCGCCCUCUGAUGGCGACGUUAGGACUCUCAAUUUCACUGGCAGCCGGUUCUUCGAAUUUGACAGGUGGCAGCCAAAUGAUCAUGAUCCCUCAUUGCCAGAAAAGAGCGAAAUGAAUGACUAUUUUGAGUUUGUGGGGCCACAGCUGAAUGAUAAGAGCGACGUCUUCUUGGAGCCCGUAAUAUACCCGGAUUACGAUUCCCUUCCGAUGGGAUUGAAAGAUUGGCUGGGUGGAAUAGCGGAAGAAAAUCCUCAAGGCUGGACCCCUGAAGAGACUCGCAAACUUGAUUUCAUGCUACAUGGCUUUAAAGGUUUCGAGCAAUAG